AUGAGUACCAACCCGAACCACAACAAGAGCCAGAGGGUUCUGGCUUGUGUCCUCUGCCAGCAUCGUAAGAUCAAAUGCGACCGGAAUACCCCAUGCUCCAACUGCAUCAAGGCAAACGUCACAUGCACUCCCUCCACACCAGCUCCCGCGCGUAAGAGGAGGAGGCCGAACCAGGACUUGCAAGAAAGGUUGGCAAGAUGUGAGGCUCUGCUAAAGCAAUAUGCUACCGCCUCCGCAACACCGCCCACCGCCCACUCACCCACAAUCUUCAACACGCCCUCGUCGACUGGUCCCUCGCCAAGCAUACCUCAGCUGCCUCUACCCUCGGGCUCCGCUUCAGUGUCUGAGGAUACCUCCCCAUCGACGACGUCGUGGAAGCCGGCUGGCAAAGUGGUGGUCGAGGAUGGCAGCGUCAGGUUCAUGGACAGCUACCUCUGGGCAACCGUCCAUGAUCAGUUGUCGGCUAUGCGACAAAUCAUCGAGGCUGAGGAAGAAGAACAGAGCGUCCUCGGGUCCGACGCCGUUACCCCUGACGACAACGUCGACCUUCUCCUGAACGAUGUUGCUACGAUUGACCUGGAGGAUGUCACGCCCUCCCCUGUUCAGAUAUUCAGACUCUGGCAGGUCUUCUUGGAAAGGGUAAACCCCAUCACCAAACUCAUACACGUGCCUAGUCUACAGCCACUAGUUGUCGAGGCGGCUGCGAAUCACUCCAAUGUCGCCAACAAUUGUCAAGCUUUGCUCUUUGCCAUUUACCUCGUGGCAUCUCUCACCAUGACCGAGUCAGAAGCGAGGCAGAUGCUCGAUAUUUCCAGAGAGGAGGCGCUCAAGAAGUUUACUGCGGGCGUCAAGGCGGCACUGACAAAGGUCAACUUUCUCAAGAACCAUGACCUGAUGACGCUGCAAGCCUUGUUAUUGUAUCUGAUUUCUCUUCAGGGCCGCUACAGCCGCCAUGCAGCCUGGGUCCUCAGUGGUAUCCUGAUCAGAAUCGCCCAAAAGAUGGGUCUCCACAGGGACGGCGAGCUUCUCAACCUAACACCGUACGAGACGGAAAUGCGACGGAGGCUUUGGUGGCAGAUCAUCAUGCUGGACACCAAGUACGCCUUGGUGUCGGGUUUCUCCGACACGUUGCUGCCUUGGAACUGGGAUACGCAGACGCCGCAAAACGUAAACGACGCCGACUUGUUCCCCGGGUCGACCGAACCCGUCCAGCCCCGAGAAGGACCGACGGAAAUGGUAUUCUGCCUGCUCUUGUACGAAGUGGGCCGCUUCAUCGUCGAGAACCGAAUCCCCGACUUCGAGGCCGUUGUCCUUGGCGCCAUGGAAAACGACACCCAGGACUCCCAACUGGCAUUGCAGGCGUCUUUAGCAAAGUACCGGACUCUGGUCGAUAAUCUCGACGCGAAACUCAUUGCCCUGGAAAAGCAGUAUUGCGACCCCUUGGCCGGCAACAUUCAUAUCGUUGCGACUAAGAUCCGUUCCAUGAUCAUCGAUAAGCUGCGGACAAUGAUGAUACCGAUGCGCGAACUGCCGGAAUGGGGCACCGAGGUUUUCAACGUGCAGGACAACAUGUUUCGGAUAUCUCUGGUGCACCACGAACACAAUGUCGAGCUAUACAGCUUCAUGGAGAACACGGGCUUCGUAUGGUUCUUCAAGCUGCACUUCCAGAUCGAUGUCUUCAUCGUCAUGGCCGGGCAGCUGUUUCAGAGACCGACCGGCAAACUAGCGGAACGCGCUUGGAGAGUUGUCGACAGGAUAUACCAGUACCACGAGGAACUGUGGGACAUGUCGAAGAAGGAGAACACGCAGUUGGGUGUCUACAUGCUGAAAGCCUGGAGGGCACGAGAGCGGGCACUGAUCCAGAUUGGUCUGCCCUACGAAACCCCCGUCGCCAUCCCGCGACUGCAGGAGAUCGUUCCUCAGUCGAGCUCGGAGGCGUCGUCGUGUGGACCCUCCCCGGCGCAGACGGUGAAGGCGGACAUACCGCAAAGGCAAGAUCAACCCAUGGAUCAGUACCUGGGCAACUUUCUUGACACUACAAACUUCUACGACUUGGACAUGUGGGCGGACUUGGGGGUCCCCAACGGCAACAUGAAUCAGCAGUCCACUGCAAACAUGUUUGAGCAGUUUGGAAACUUUGGUGUGCCUCCGGCGAAUAGAGGCUGGUGA